AUGUUUGUUGCAAUUUGUUUUCUGAUUCAGAUAAUUUCAUUGUAUUCUGUCGAUAAUAAUUGGCAAAACUUUUAUGUUUACAUUUCUGUUUUUUAUCAAUUUGACAAUUAAAAACAUUUUUAGAUUUUUCAAACUCUUUUUAAACGAAUUUUCAGCUCUUAAAUAUUUUCAAAUGUUAAAAAUAGAAUAUGCAGAGAGGAUUUCGCUUUUGUAGAAAUAUUUCUGCUGUAAUAUUUGUCAUUCAUGCAACAACUCUUUUGUCAUUAUACAUGUCAAGUACAAAACCUGAAGAUAAUUUGUCAGCACUUAUGAAAUAACAUUUCCUGCAACAAUGUGUUUUUUUUAACACAUAAUGUUGAAUGAAAUCAGCGGUGCGUGAUCCACGAUCUGCUCGCAUGGAUGAUUAUUGACCUUCGUCACUUUUGUCAAUAAAACGAAAAUGGCCUUGUGUCUUUACAGCUUGUCUUUGAACAUACAGUUGUUCCGAUCUGGGAAUACCACCGGGCGUUAUUACGCCGGUUGCGAACGUGCUACACUUAUUAUUAUACACACUUGCAUAAUUAUUAUUGAAAGCAAUUUCAAUUAUAGCUCCCCUCUUUUUCUCAUGCCAGAUAUUUUAUGUGAUAGCUCGGAGGGAGAUCACACAUCGUAUCAGAUAUCGUCCAAGUACUAUAAAUCCAUAAGUUGCAGUCUCCGUAUUUUAUUUGUUGUGUCUAUACAAGAGAUUGUAGAAUUGAUUCUUGGUCAAUUCAUCUUUAAAUCUUUGAAAUGAAUAACAUUUUGCUGUUUUUAUUAUUGCUAUGCCAACUCUUGCAACAAAUGUGUGGACAAGUGAAUUUUCCGACUGCUCCAAUGACUGCUAUCGUGAAUAAUGAACAAUGUCUGUGCUAUCCUGGAACCACCUGUCCUUCAGGUGGCGGCAUUGACGUCAGAAUUGUGAAUACGGGAACAACUUGCCCUUCUGGACAAGUAUACUGUUGCACACCAUCUGUAGACAAUACUAACUGUGGUAUUCGAAAAAUAUCUCGCCCACAUUCCCCAGGGCAAGCUGCUUAUGGUGCAUAUCCUUGGCAAGUGGCCAUUUUAACCAAUGGUAAUGUUUAUCUUGGAGGUGGAGUACUUGUCAGCCCAAUGUAUGUCCUUACUGCUGCUCAUAAAGUAGAGAAUUACGUAAACAAUCCCAGUGAGAUUAAAGCAAAGUUGGGCGCAAUUGUGUUGCAUUCGGAUUCUCAAUCUACUACCGAGCCGUCUGUAGAGAUUUCUUUCUCGAAAAUUACUCUGCAUUAUAAUUAUACAUCAAACCCUGAUCCUAAAAAACAAAACCUUCCCUAUGAUAUAGCGGUGCUUAGACUGUGCUCGGCCGCACCAAUUGCAACUAGUCCUAACAUUAAUACAGCUUGCUUACCGAAUAGACCAGUUGAUGCAUUGACGGGAACAAGAUGUUGGGUGACGGGUUGGGGAAAAAAUGGUUUUAAUGGGCAGAACCAAAAUACUUUGAAAGAGGUAGAUGUACCUGUGUUGACUAAUGCGGCUUGCCAAACGGAACUUCGUAAGACGAGACUCGGCGAAAAUUUUGUUCUGGACAAUAACUCCAUGUGCGCUGGAGGGGAAGCGGGUAAAGAUGCAUGCACUGGCGACGGAGGUUCACCGCUGGUAUGUUCGAUAAAUAAUGAGCCUUUUCAAGUUAUCGGAUUAGUAAUAUGGGGUAUAGGCUGUGCAGAUUCAAAAGUACCUGGUGUAUACACUAAUGUAUAUAAUUAUCUUUCUUGGAUCAAGCAACAAAUGACAUAGACCCUCGUGAAAACAUAUGUAUAAAUCACAUAUAUUUUCACAUUACUAAUAUUUGAGAGAACUGAAACAAACAGAUAUAUAUUAAUAUAUAGAUAAUAGAUUUUCUACAUUAUAAAAAUGUAUGCGCUAAUUAAUAUUGAAUCAUGAAUAAUAUAAAUAUUAUUAAAAAGUUUUAAUGUUAGAUACUAAUAAUGUAGUUAAAAUAUAAAAGAACAGUAUAUCGUAAUUUAGGAUUUUAUUGAACAUUGUAUGAAAAUGACAAAAUUAAUGUCAAUUAAUUUAUAUAUUCUCGUAUUAACUCAUAUAUUAAAGAAAUAAGUUUUAUAUAUAAAAAAAAAACUAUGACGUCAUGGAGUCAGUUCUCAAUCACAAAAUAACGGUUAAUAAAUAUUAAAAGAGAAAAAAAGGAAAUUGACAUUAUAAAUCAGAAUAACUGCUAUUCUAGUCUUUCAAGGAAAAACACAAACACAAGAACUAUCAAUAAAAGAUUUUUUUUAACUCAACCAAUAUUUAAUUUUCUUAUUUUUAUAGUAUUGUUUUUAUAUAAGUUUAUAUAAAAAAAAUGUCAAGAUCAAGUACGCAAAAAAAAUUAAUAUUAUAUACAAUAUAUAUACAAUAUUCUUUCCUACAAUUGUAAAUAACACUACAAGGGAUAUACACAAGCAAAUAGACAUUGAGUUUUUAGUUUUCUUAUAAUUCAAAUCGACAAGAAAUACAUAAAAAAUAUACAGACUUAAUAUUUAAGAAUUACAUGGAAAAAAAUAAUAUACAGUAUAAUGGAGAUUUGGUACUCUCGCUAAUAGAUUUGUGUACUAUUUUAUAAAACUGUAUUAUGUGUAUUAUAUAAUGUUUUAACAGAAUAGAAAUUAUAUUAUAAAGUUAAUAAUAUAAAUAAAGAAUUUCGCAAAGUGAUGUUUUUAUAAAGCCAUAUAGUGUAAAUCAAUGUACAAGUUAUAUAUGUGUGUGUAUAUAUAUGUGAGAUUUAAACAAUACUUAAUAUAGAUUACAAGUCCUAUAUUUUUUGUGAUAAAUUAUGCAUUGAACAUUCGAAGCACUUUGUAAUUCUGGAAUUCUUUAAAGAAAUCUAGAAUAACUUCGACAUCUUAUUUGUAUCAGAGUUAUGUAACGCAUAUAAUAUAUUUGGUAUUAAUAUGCCUUUGGCAUUUAAUUAUCAAAUAUCUUAAUUAUUUAUUUAUAAGUAAAUUGAUGGCAAAGAUUAUAAGCUGAAAGAGAUUGUUUGCUAUAUGCAAAUAAUUAGAGAAAUUUUUAAAUAUAAACAAAUUAAUCAAUUACAAAAUGUAAUUGAUGCAAUUGCAAAAACGUCAUUCAACCUCUGCCAUCAAUUGCUGAUACUAAUGUGUGUGGAUUCUAUAUAGAUAUACUCAUUUAUUGUAUUUGUACAAUAAAUCGUGACGCGCCGCAUAUUUUUCUAUGGAGGUAGAUAUUUGAUAAUGCAAAGGGAGUUUAGACAGUUGGUGCAUUGACGUGAGGAUGGGGAACUUGGAC